AUGAAGUUCAUUAACCCUAAAAAUCUCUCUCCCAAACACCUUUUCCGUUCUAAGAAGGAAAAAUCCUCCGUAUCAAGAUCCGACCCGCCUUCUUUCGGGUCAGCUUCUUCCUCCGACGAAUCCACUCAUAAAGCCGUCACCGGCGGCUCUCAAACACCUACCAGCGUCCUUCCGGAAGAAGCGUCAUCCAGCUCGUGGUCCGACGUCACCGUCGAAGUCCAAUUGGAGCUCGCUCAGGCGUUCCAGUUAAUCGACCGGGACAACGACGGAGUCGUUUCGCGGCAAGAACUCGAAGCGGUCCUCACACGCCUAGGAGGGCAGGCGCGUCCACCUACCUCCGAGGAGAUUGAGAUGAUGUUAAGCGAAGUUGAUAGCGAUGGUAGGGGAUGCAUAAGCGUGGAAUCGAUCAUGAACCGGAUCGGAUCCGGUCCCGUUUCGGGUAACUCGAACCCGGAGGAGGAACUGAGGGAAGCGUUUGAGGUAUUUGAUACGGAUCGGGAUGGGAGAAUCUCGGCGGAGGAGUUGUUGAGGGUUUUUAGAGCGAUUGGGGAUGAACGGUGUACGUUAGAGGAGUGCCGGCGUAUGAUAGCGGGUGUUGAUAAAAACAGAGACGGGUUUGUCUGUUUCGAGGAGUUUUCGUGUAUGAUGGAGAUGCAACGGUGA